GCGCCGCCAUUUUCUGGUGCCCAUAGAAGGGCAAGUGGCACCAGAAAAAUGGCCGGGUAAUUAGGGUUGCUAACAAUUGCAUUCGCCUCCACUCAUAGCUGCCAAGUAUCCCGAUUUAAGGGACGAUACCGGGAUUUUUCGCUAAACGGGAGACCGCCGGGAAACGCUAAGAAAAAAGGGGUCUUCCCGGCGGAUACGGGAUACUUGGCAGCUAUGGUACUCCAUAGAAGAGAACGUUAGGCUAUUCCUGCUGACAUUUGUACGCAAGUUUUACAGUCCAAGAAUAAGAUAAAGCCAUGCUAGUUUCAUAUCUCCAUCUCUAAGAACCUGCUUUAUGCUGUAUCUGUGUUUGGCCAUCUUCCUGCUUUAAAAUCUUACAGAUUAGGUCUUAUGUGAACAUAACGAGAAAUAUAAAAUAACCCAUUCAUAUGAAAAAGACAGCAUGCCUCUAAAUUGACCACAUUUUCCUGUGCAUAACACGCCCCCAUGUAUAAGAUGUCCCCUAUUUUGGGGGACUCAAAAUUAAGAGAAUGGGGGAUGAUUGCUCCCCAUGUAUAAGACUACCCCCUUUUUAACAUUAUUUUUAAAGUAAAACACCCUAGUUUUAUACACAAAAAAGUACGGUAUUUAUUUAUUUGACAAAAUAUGCUGCUUAACUGUAAACAAACCCUCUUAAGUGACUUACAAAGUUCAUAAAAUGUACGCUAAAAUUGUCAGCAACGAUCAACAUUUAAAAACAAGUUUAUAAAAGAUCAAAGCGAAUAAAACCCACAGUUGAAAGUAUACGUUUUAAGCUAAAAUCACAGAUUAAAAUACACUUUGCACGUCUUAAGUAGGCCUGGCUACACAGAAAAGGUUUUAGCAGGGGGCGAGAGGAGUAAAGGAAGGCAGCUGGCUAAUGACAAUGGGAAGUGGAAACUGCAAAUGGAGAGAGAGUGUCACUCAGGUCCUGCCUGCAGGCUUCCCGUUGGCAAUCUGGUCGGCCACUGUGAGAACAGAAUGCUGCGCUAGAUGGGCCAUUGACUUAAUCCAGCUCUUCUUACAUUCUAACCCGGGGGUUAGAACUCAGUGGGGCUUACUUUUGAAUAAGCAUGCAUAGGAUCACACUAUUAGGUUACUGUGUUGUGAGACUGUCUUAAUAGAGAACAGAGCUAUAUUUUGCUUAGCAAAGCACCAGUUUGAAGUUGUGGGCUGCCUGCCAUUUCAGAGUGUUCAUAAAUUAGGUUUUGUCCUGUUACUCCGUGGGUACCAAGGCACAAAGUACUGUCAACAGAUGGUGGUCUCUGCAGCGAGGACUGCUUCUUUUUUUCCCCCUUUUGAAGUUUGACGCUUUUCAAUAACCAGUGUGAUAGCAUGCAGCUAUUUUAAGGGGAAGGAGUGGAUAUAUCAAUUAAUCUGUUAGAUGGUGCUAAUUUUGUAAAAAUAUUUUAUUACCAAGGCGCUUGUAUUUUGACAACUUGGCACGCCAUAUGGUCUUAAUGUUUAAAAUUCUAAAUUUCUACCUUUUAGGGAAGGCAGUUUCUGUAUCAGUUUGUCUGUCAUGAGGCUCCAUUGCAGUGCAGAGCAUGUUCUAGGGCUCCUGCUCCAAAUAAAGAUAGUACAACAUGAUAACGGAAGUUGUUGCAGUUUCCCAAGACGCCGAUUGUUUAGUUGGCUUCCUCAAUGCUCAAUAUCCCGGGGGGGGGGGGGGGAGAGAGAGAGAGAAAGAUGGAAGGAAGUUUGAAUGAGAUGUGGUGGGAGCACUUCCUAGCUUACCCCAUUGCUCCAUAAUUGCUGCAUCAUCUUUACCAUUGGUUCAUGUGGCGCAAGUUAUUGGGUGUCAGUGUGAACUGUAAGUUUGUCCUGGAACGCACCCAGUGCUGUCCUUUGACUGUACAGUGGUACCUCUGGUUACGAACUUAAUUCGUUCCGGAGGUCCGUUCUUAAGCUGAAACCGUUCUUACCCUGAGGCACGCUUUUGCUAAUGGGGCCUCCCGCUGCACACGCCCCUCCGGCGCGCAAUGUCCGUUUGCAUCCUGGGGCAGAGUUCGCAGCCAGGAGCAGCUACUUCCGGGUUAGCGGAGCUCGUAACCUGAAGUGUUCGUAAACAGAAGCGUUCGUAACCAGAGGUACCACUGUACAUUGGUAGUGCUUGGAAAGCUGAUCACCUAACGUUCUCAUUGAGAUACAAGCAGUAGACUUCUAGGAACCACAAGAGUUUCCUAGAUUUUUUUUUUGAAAGUCAGUGUCUUAAAUGAAUAUGACUGUGUGCAUUCAGCUUAAAAUUGUUCUUUCUUCAGUGUGACUACAUUUACAGGGUGAUGAUUUUAACAGCAGUGUGUGAGUGUGAUAUGUAUUUAAAAGAAUAAGAGUCAAUUAAGAGUCUAAUAAAAUGCUGUGAAGCAGGGGUGGCCUUCCAGCUGUUGCCGGACUAGAACACCCAUCACCUCUGACCAUGGCUGAUGGGAGGUUCCCCACCUGCUGUGGGCUGAGGAUUUUCUCAGGACAAGUGACUGCUGUUGGAAGUGCUCAUAAAAUUGUUUUCAAAAGUGUGGGGGUGGGAAGUAAAGGCUUCCUGCUGGUUAAGCAAAGAUUUUAACAAUAAUUCCAGUUGGUAUGUUGCUCUUGUAACCUACUGAUGAACUGUGCCAUAAGGAAAUAUGGUAAAACUCACAUCAAAUCGACCAUCUAAAAUCAUAUUUUAAUAUGUAUUGUCGUAUUGUACUUUUACUAUUUUUUGUUGGGAGCUGCCCAGAGUGGCUGGGGCAGCCCAGUCAGAUAGGAGGCAUAUAAACAAAUUAUGAUUAUGAUUCCACCACCCACCUGACACUUGCUGAAAGGUGCGUUUCACAGCUUGCAUUGAUGUUGUAGUUUUGUUAGAUAUAGAAAUAUUUAUAAAUCUUGCCCUCACACCUAAGCUCGCUGAUUUACUUUGGAAUUGCUCUAAGUCAGAGGUCAGUGCAGUGCUACUUGCAACAGAUACUAAGGUUGAAUGUCUGCCUUCAGCCAUGUGGUUAUAUGACAUUCUGCUGCCUUCUGUCUUUUGGGGAAAGUACAAAAUAGUCUGUGUGAACAAAACUGCAUCCCUCCUACUAUGGUUUGGCUAGCAUGUCCCAUGAUGACCUCCGCUAUUCACAAGCAAAGGUUAUCCGUGGUUCAUUGCUAUUGUUUGAUCCAAUUAGCUUUUAUUGACUGAGAAGGCUUUAAUAGGUUUCAUUUAUGUACCUUGGGUUUAUUGCAGUUUAGUCCUCUAAAAUCCCCAGGAGGUUUCCAGAAUAACAAAGAUGUUAUUAAUGAGAUGUUAAAGGAGUGCAAAUUUUAGAAUCGCAUUAACAGAUAGGUAAGUGGGUGUUCAGAGCUUAUUAUACCUCUCAGUUUUCAGUACUGGCAGUAAUGAAUUUGGUUGUUCCAAGCGAACAGCAGCAUAUCCAUCUCAUGCUGUUCUUUGCAUUGGGUGAUUUUUGUGUGUGUGCUGAUUUAUGGGUAUGAAUGUGUUCUAAACUUCCUAGGUGCGUAGAUUUGAGCAAGGAUGGGAACUUCUACCGGUACCGGUAUAUUCCUGGAGAAUGUAGAAGGGCAGCUCUUUUCUUCUCCAGACCUUCGGAUGGAGGAUAGAAAUGUUUGAGUGUUUUAUGCAAAACAAAACUCCUGCACAGAUUGUCACACUCUUUAAAGUCAGCUUCACUUAGCUUUGGCUUAACAACAACAACCCCUAUCAGAUAAAAUUAACAGAUGACAAGUCAACCAGGAGUUAAUAUCUCUCACACACUUAAAAAGUAAUGACAACUGCACCCUGAUAGCUGAUAGCAUGAGGGAGGAAACAAGCCUUCCGCAGUUACUGAUUGGGGCAGAGCACCUGAGUAGAACUUAUAUAGCCAGUAUAUACAUUAUUAAAAAUAAAUAAGUAAAAUAAGAACAGAAUGGUUGUUUUAGGGCUUUAUUUUUGAAGCUGGGGCUCUCCAGAGUUUUCGUCGUUCCAGGGUCCUAUAUGCACAUUUACUCCUGAGUGGGCAUGUAUAGAAUUAAAGUAAAAGAGCAUAUGCACUUGAGUAUAUGCAGAAUGCUUUUCUUUUCUGCCUUAGAACUUUUGGAUUGAGAGGUUUGCUGAGGGAGUGACCUUAGCAAGUCUGAGCUUUCCACAAAAUGGAAGGAAGGGGAAAGGGGCGGAGGGAGUCUCCUAGAAUUGUAGAUUUGGAAAGGACCCCAAGGACGAUGUAGUCCGUUUCGGGGUCCUAAUCCGGCCCCUGUGGCAGUUCAAUCCUUAAAAAAGCUCAACAUCUAUGGUUGGCCCUCACAGCCCUUCGCUUCAUCAAAUCUGGCCCUCUUUGAAAAAAGUUUGGACACCACUGAUCUAGUGCAACCCCCUGCAGUGCAGGAAUCUUUUGCCCAAUGUGGGGCUCAUAUCCACAGCCCUGAAAUGAAAAGUCUCUAGAAAGAAAUCUUUACCACUCCCUUCCCUUUCAUUUUGCUUUGGGAUGCAGGAAGGAAGGAGAAACUAGCCAUGUUGCUGGGCUCAUCUCUUCCCACAUCAGCCCAAGAACUGACCCCGAAUGACCCAGGCGCCCUGUCCUUCUAUCCUCUUGAAACUACAGAAUUGUGUGCGCGUAAGGAGAGAGUGAAUUGCAAGAGAGUAAGGAGCUGGUAGAUCAGAUCAUCCCUGCCACCAACAGAGAAAGAAGUGGAUUUCUCUUCCAUUCUUCUUAUGUCAGGGUGAGGAAGCUUUCAGUCCCCGAGGGCCAUAUUUUCUUCUGGCAGCUGUCUGCCAUGGGUGGGUGGGGCUAGAGGCAAAAGUCAGCAAAGCGGCGAGUACUAAUUUUACCUUAGUACUAAGUAGACUAGUUUCUACAUGCCUCUCACAUAUCCCUCGGGGCAAGUGAAAGGCAUUAUCAGAGCUCAAGGACAUAUUCCAGCCAGGCAGAUGCACUUAAAGUGGUGACAAAGCAGGGCUGGUGAGAGAUGUGGCUUAGGAGGACGUGCUUCCUAGGGAGAAUUCCAGGAGGGAUGCAUUUAGCAUAUCUGUCUGAGGUUCCCUACCCCUGCCCUAUGUCUUAAGAGCCACACUUGGGCAACAGGCGGGGAUGGGGAGACGAACCUGCUUCAGAGAUGCCUAACAGAUACCUCACUUGCUUUUCAGCCCAGCUUCUAUACGCUUGACUUUCUGUGUCUCCAUCCCUUCUUGGGAUGGAGGGCUGCAACAAAGGCUGCAAACAGCAGCUCAAAACGCAGUGGCGCUCUGUUGGCUUGCUCUUUCUAUAGGUGCCAAAGAACCCAGGAAAGAUACAGUUCCUUGUGGGGUGUAAUGCGCAGGGGGUGGGGCAGGAGAGGCUUCUUCGCCCUGAUUGAGAUGGUUUCCAGUUCACAUCAAGACUGUCGCUUUGGGCAAGGGCUAGUAAAGCUUUCCUUCUUCUUGACAUUUUCCAGACGUGAGUUGCUACACAGCUGGUAAGUGGAUCAAGUAGUGGUGGUGAUGGGGAGUAAGGAUUGAUUUAUAUCGGGGGUGUGUGUGUUAAGAGCAGAUGAGUCUCCUCCAUCCCCUUGCACUAUGGAUCCAACCCAGCCCAUGUGUUACUUUUUAUAGAAAUGAUCCCUGUACCAAAAAUAAAAAGAUAAGAGGAGAUUUUGUUUCUUACCUAGUUUCUCCUUCCCUCCCCUGCCCCCCAUGUCCACAGCGGUGACUCUGCCCCUCAGGCUGCCUGCUUAGCAUUCAGCUGGUUGCACAUUCUCGGCACAUUAUGGGACAGCUGCCUCACCCUUUAGCACAGCACAGUACAGCACAGCGCAUCUUCUUGGCUGUAUGGGCCAAGCCAGUCUAAGAUAAAAAUAUGGCACAUGCGUCAUUAUUUUUGGCUUGCCUUAGCACACCUUUUCCAUUGUUGCCUCCUCUCAAGGCCUGUUUGGCUUGCUCUUGUAUUGCACUGGCAUGCAAUACUUGCCACCUUUUCCAGAGCCUCCCUGCCUUGCCACCCAGCAUCCUGUUCUUACACUGGCCAAUCACAUGCCUAUGCUAGGCCUACAAGCAAUGCGUCAGCGCCACAACACUCUUCCUUUUGCUGAACGCCAGCAGAAACUGGUCUCUCAGCAUUUCUUGGCUUCAGGACACAAAUGGGAGUUUACCAAUGAGCAGGCUGCUGAUUACGCGACUAAGGAAGGGCUGCCCCAUCGCUGGCAGACCUCGGGUGGCUGUCAAGUAUGCUGCUGUGCUUCUGCACCUGACCUCUCACACUCCAGUUGGCUAGAGCUGCUGAGGGAAUGCCCACUGCCGCCCUAAUGUCCUGCUGUUUUCUUUUUGCUCACUGUUCUGUGGAAGCAGCCCAGGAUUUCUUAUCGUGCAGGCUGUAGGAUAUAUUUAAGACCCUAGCCCUCGCCAGGCAUGCUUCUGUGUUGAAUCAGCGGGGAGAGACUGAGGACAAGCAUGAUAGCUUCCCCUUGGCAAUGACUGUUCCCAUCUCCCUCUAGGAGUCAGAGAGAUAGCUUCUGCACAAAGUGGAGCCCUAAUUUUCCACCUAGAUUAAUGCAACAUGUGCAGAUGAACCUAUAAAGUGUUUUUAUUAUUGUGUUGACACACAAUUGUUUCGGUGACAUCUCUGUUGUUUUCCACAAUACCUACAUUUUAAGUAACACAGCAUACAAUUUAAUUAUAUGUCUAUAGCUGAGUUUAAGAUUUGAUUAUGUGUAGUGUCAUCCUAGAGAAGAAAGCCCAUGUAAUAAAUCUUGGUGGUUGGCAAUUCUUGCAUUAUUUCUUUUUGCCUUUUACUUUGUUUCUGUGCUCUCCUGUUACUUGUUUGUUUGAUUGUUUGUUAUAAAUCUAAGACAGGAACUACCAGAGACACUCACCAGUCUGCAGCAGAUCUUUUCCUUCAGAAAUUCUAGUGUGCUCCCCCAAAGCCUUCAGUAUUUUUCUCCUACUAACACACACUAUGGCAGACCAGAAUAUCAGUCCCCUCUGUCAAUAAUGGUUUUAUGAACCGCCUCCUUCACCUCCAGGACAAUGCAAGAAAGCUUCUGUGGAGUUUUCACCUCCUGAUUCCAUUCUUCAAUAGUGUGAAGUCUUCCUGGCAUUUGCAGGAAAACUGACCUAGAGAUGGGGCAAGGAACCAUUUUACUGCACACUUGGAAUUCUUUGCACCUCCAUGAUUUCCCUAAAGUGAGGUUGUUAAGGACCAAUAUGCUAGGAAUGCUGAGUGCUGUGGUGGAAUGAAGAGGCUUUACAAUCACAUACAUUUAUGUGGUUGUGUGAAAAGUGGUGGGGCUACUUUUUAAACAAUAUUGGCAUUAACAUAAUUAUUUAGUCAUUAAUAAAUGUAUCGGAAAUGCAGUCACUGCCUACUGGCUGAGGAUUUAAUUAGCUGGCCGUCCUGCACAGUAGACCUAGCUAAUAUGAUCUAGUUUAAUAUAGAGAUGUUUGCCUUGCACAAUUGUUCAAUUCGGCUUUAAAAGGGGAUUAGAGAAAUUCAUUGAAGAAGAGUCUACCAGUGGCUACAAGCCUCAGUAAAUGUCAGCUUCCUAAGCUGCUGUGUUUUUUUUUAUUUGUUGCUAAAUAUGGCUUCUUCUUUGUUUGUUUUCAACCAUUAAGUAUGCAUUUGAAAUCAAUUAAGAUCACAGAAACUGGGUUGCGGAAAGUUUCUUUAAAAUGCACACAAGGGACUGAGAGAUGUGGGCAAUUUUAUAAAUAACUUUUCAUUUAUACAGAAGACACGUUCAAAUCAAUAUAUGACUAUGUUUUCUGGUGGAAACAUUUAGCCAUUGGCUUGGAUUCUUCUCCCCCCACCUUCCUGCUUGCUUAGGUCACUUGUAAUUCUGGGGGGGGGACGACGACGACGACGACUGUUUUUAGAUGGGGGUCUUUUAGCAGCCAGGAUCCAAUGUCUCACUGCUUAUCCCCCCAGGGCUUUAUGCCAACCAGGCCCCUCUUUAGUUGAGUCCCCAGUCUGUUGUCUCAGGGCACUCACUAACGCUGGUCCACCAGGCCACAUAAACCCCGGGCUUCAGAAUUUGCUGCUGCUUUGAUCUAAUUUGUCAGAGAAGAUCUUUCCCAGCUAAAUUCCUAUUCCCUUCCCAUUCCUUUUGGAAUUUGGCCUCCGUGCCUGCCUGCCUGCUGCCUUUGAAUUACACAGCCUGUUUCUAGCUCUUGGAAUUUGACCUUUUGACCAUCUUGAGCAAUGCUACCUGUCUCUUGCCCUUGAAACCUUUUGCCUUCUUCCUUGGGCCUUUUGCCCAUCUUGGGUUAUCUCACUUGCUGCCGCCUCUGGAACUUGAUUGAGGAUUUACUUCUACUCUCUUGGACUGAAUCCUCUCCCCCCCCCCUCUGUUCGUGUGGUGCCCCAAUAGCAUUUACUCCCUUCCCAAUGGGUCCCCAGAUUUCACUUCGAUAGGUAGCCCGCCCCCCGCCCCUGGCACUGUUGUUUAGGCUUCCCAGUCUUAGGAAGAAUUCUAACCGUGUUAGAAUGUGAUCAUCAUCAGACCUUGGUAUGGAGGGGAGGGAGCGGCACACCUGUACCCCUCCUACCCAGUUGAAGCAUGGUGGAUAAAAAUCAAUGGUUUUUAAAAAUAAAAAUAAAUCAGAUUUUUUAAAAUUUAAAUUGGAUUUUUAAAAUAAAAUGUUUUUUGAGUAAAAAGCUUUCUAAAUAUAGUUUUAUAUUUAAGUCACAUUAUAGUCCAAAGGCUAGACAUUAGGAAAUAAGGAUUUGUUUUAAGUUUUUCAUGUGUGCUAAAACUCAGUCUAAGGUUGUUGUUGUUGUUUUUUUAAAAAAACCCGUUUAACCACAUCAAUUAACAAACAUGGAUACAUAUGCUAUAAUGUUAUUGUUUUAGUUAAAUAAAUUGUUAAGGAAAUGAUUUUUCUCUCUCCUUCCAAUAAAGUACAGCAGAAAAGUUGUCCAAAUAUAAACUUAUUAAGCCUCACAAUAAUUUCAUAAUGAUCUGUCAAUGUAUUUCUAAUAGUAUAACCAAAUCAGUAAUUUUUGAUAUAACUGUAACAACUACUCUGAAAAUUAUUCAAAAAAAAUUGACACCUUCAUCUGGUUGUAAAUAUUAGUAUUAUACCAGCAAGAACGAGUCUUUCUGCAAAAAAAGAGAGAUUUAAAUAAAGUCUUACUGACUAGUGAUUUAAAUCAAGUCUUACUGACUAGCGAUUUAAAUGGUGAUUUAAAUCGAUUUGAUUUAAAUCAAAUCCCCCCUGAGUUGAAGCCUUCUUUUGGAUGCCUGAAGAGGGCUUAAGCUUUUGGAUUAAUGAUUAAUUAAUCAUUUCCCCCAUUCACUCCACUGCUGUAUAUUUAAGUCUUCCUAUACGGAUCAAUAUUAUUACUUGCGAUCCAGACGAUAUGAAAUUGUCUCCCCACGGUGAAGCUUCUUGAAUAUGUGUUCUGAACUCUGUCUGCCAGUGUUUAGUCACAAGAGACAGGCAAAUACUAAGGGGUGGGGGUGGGGAGACCAGGUUUCUCACAAUUGCUAGUUAAAUUACCAUUCAGAUGCAGUGAGCAGCAGCUGUUCAUUACAUAACAGAGGUUCUUGCAUAAGAUAAUUCCCAGACUCUCUCAGGUGAGUGGCAAUGCGUGUUGUAUGACUAGCAAAUGGUGCAAUGUACCUUGUCUCAAGGCAGGCAUUGUAACUGAGAUGGGUAAUAGUGCAAAUAUUACCAUACAUUGUCUGAAACCUUCAACCUUUUGAUUUCCCUUUUUGUCAGGUGUUCUGAUUUAUGCACCAAAAACUUGGAGGUAAAAUUAGGCCCAGAUCCUUUGUUGCCAUUCUCCUGAAAGUCCUCAGUAAGGCGGUAAAGGUAAAGGUACCCCUGACCAUUAGGUCCAGUCGCGGACGACUCUGGGGUUGCGGCGCUCAUCUUGCUUUACUGGCCGAGGGAGCCGGCGUACAGCUUCCAGGUCAUGUGGCCAGCAUGACUAAGCCACUUCUGGCGAACCAGAGCAGCACACAGAAACGCUGUUUACCUUCCCGCCGGAGCGGUACCUAUUUAUUUACUUGCACUUUGAUGUGCUUUCGAACUGUUAGGGGGGCAGGAGCUGGGACCAAACAACAGAAGCUCACCCUAUUCCGGGGAUUCGAACCACCGACCUUCUGAUCGGCAAGCCCUAGGCUCUGUGGUUUAGACCACAGCGCCACCCGCGUCCCCAGUAAGGCUGUAACGAAAAACAAUUCCGUUUUUUUAUUUUACUACUUUUCAUCCACACUGGGAAGCGCAAUUGUUUUGUUUUGUUUUGCCAGGGAAAACGAUUUUUUAAACCUAUCUCAUAAUAGUGAGUAUUUUUCCAUAGCUUUUAAGAAGUGGGUUUCAACUAUGACUUACAAGGAAGCUUAGAUGUAAAUUACAGAGUAUUAUUUAAUAUUAUUUAUAAAAUAUGAAUUUGCUGGAGCAAGGCUUUUAUAACGAAUUUUCAAAUGCUAUUUCUGAAAUAGUAUACUAUCUCAGUUUCUUGUCUACUAGUAAUUGCGAUGAUAAGCUCUGAAAAAAGAACAGACAUUUUCUUAUUUUAUUUUUUAGUAAUGUAGCUAUGCUUAAACACUUGUUUUAUUGGCAAAUGUUUUAAAUAUUUGGAAUAUAAUGAUUAUGAUGAAACUAAUGCGCAAUGUUAAAUUGCCUAAGGGUAUCUAAUGUAGAAAUACUACAUGAAUAUCUGGCUAACUUUAAAAUAACAUUAUCCUUUCCUUUUAUUCAAUGUGUUUCUUAAAAAGAAGGCGAGAAAAAGCCAUAACUAAGGCUUCAUUAAUAUGAAUACUUUUCCUUUCAAAGUUUUGCUAUCACUUUUUAGUUGUUGGCAUCCAUCUGACUUGAGAGGAUAGGAGCCAACUCCUAGGAGUUGUAGGGGCUUUGGCCCCAACAAUAAAAUAUUUGAGGGGGCUGCCCCGCCUAAGCAAGGCUUUCCCAUUCAAAUGGUGUGCGUGCACUGUGUCAUGUGAUUGAUUAUGUGGGGCAGGGCUUACCUGGGCCCCCACAAUAUUUUAUUCCGGUUGGCACCCCUGCUCGAGAGACAAUGAAGUGCACAUCCAGGGGUGAAAUAAGACCACUGUGGUAGCAGCACUGAAGUAGACUGCCUGAGGCGCAAGCCUGGGCAAUAUGUAUGGUGAACCCUAGAAUUAGAUUAUUCACCAGAUGAGAUUUCACAUUAAAAUAUGAAAUCUCAUUUGGUGAGUCCUAUUUGGUUGUUGUGCUGAUGCCUAAAGCAACAAGGGUUGCAUACAUGUGUGAUGGAGCAGCAAAACACAGACUUAAACCUUUUUCAUGCCCAAAGUCACAAAGAUAGGAAGAACUUGGUUGUGCAAACUCUCCUUUAGUCUGAAAUCAUGGGUAGUGAACACUUGCUCUCAGAGGAUAAAUACGGCGUUUAAAGACUAUAUAAGCAAAAAGCCUAUAAACCCAGAAGGUUUGUCCAGUGAUUGAAACACAGUCAGUUAGCACAGAAGAGCGCAUGACCUUUGGUAAGUUCUUUAGUCUCUGUUACAGGGUUUAUUUUUGUUUUUAUUUCUUAACAUUUAUGUACCUGUUGAUCAUAGACAAAACGUCAAAGCCGUGUACAAACCUCAAGACAGUUUAUUGGGAAGUAUCUGGUCAAUAUAUUGAGAGCUGGUGAAGGAAUGAUAGGAAAGCUAUCAACUUUUGCAUUGGUCAGGAUACGUUGCCUGAGAGAGGGUAUAAUGAUUGUGUUAACAUGUUUAGCGUGACAUGGACAGACCCGUCUAUAAGGCAAGUGAAGCGCUCUCCUCCCUUCACUUUCUCCUGUGUGGCCAAGACAAAAACUUAUGUCGAGCCAACUUCAAACCGCAGAUUAUGAAGCUGGCUUAUUAAACUGACCAUUUUUGGUUUUAUUCAGGAACCCUGGUUUCUACCUAUGGCCCUUAUUUUUUUUGGGGGGGGGAGGACCUAUAAAUGCAUCAGAACUACUCCUGGCCAUGUGGGAGUAGGAGAGGAGGGUGGGAGUGGAGGCUGGAGGCUGAUGUUUUGCAUGGGCUUGUGGAUGCUAUAUUAUGGUUUAGUGUUGUAUGUGAACUAGGCCAGUAGUUCAGACACUCUUCCAGAUUCCAUUUACCUACCUACCGAUUCAUUCAUUCAGUCAGUCAGUAAUUUAAAAAGUACCGGUAUACCACCUUUCAUUUGAAGAUCACAGGGCCAUUUACAACAUAAUAAUGCCGGAUGUCUGAUCAUAGUGGUGACUGACCUAGAUUUCCAGUAUGAAUGGAUGAUGCUCAUUUGUGUCCCGGUUGUGCAACAGUUUUCACUUGUGUGAUGGAAUUUCUCUUUCCUUUACUCUCUCUUGCAGCCCCUUGCAUACACCCAAAAAUAAGCUCUGGGGUGGGGGUUGGGUCCUUGCCCAACAAAAUUUCUAGAUAAACAGAAGAUGAGAUCCAUUGGAUUCCGAGAUAUUGAGGGACAAAAUGCUUAGAAAGUUGGCAAGUAAACCCAUCGUGCAGUGGCAGAGAGUGGACAGAACCAGCUCCAGCAAGGAGGGAAACAAGGGGUGCUUUUUUUAAAAAAGCUAUUUUUAUUUUCUCUGAUGUUAAGAUUGUUAUCUCAUCUGUGGUGACAUUUUUGCUGUGAGAAGGAAAAUGUGGUCUGUAAAGUUUCCAUUAGCCUAUAUGGUAGAUAUUGAGUGUUGAAAAUACAAGUUUAUAUCUUGGCUGAGAUCAGCAGAGCACAACAUUCACUGGGAGUUAUUCUUGCCAAAGUCAGAAAACACUAUUUAGGACAAACAGAGAAGUUGGCUUCUGUAGUUCCCUUCUGAUGCUACCCAGCCUCUGCCCAUCACCCACUAUUUCCCAUAAAUCCAAAUGUAUGUGAAUGAAAGCCAAGUUCCUAAUAAGGCAAGUGAAAACAUAGCUUUAAUUUGUAGUUAAGAAUACUCCGAUCUGUGUAUGUGGCCACAUGUUCCAUUGGCAAGAUGUUAGAAGUUCCUCUGAAGCAUAUAAUUACUAUAUCAUUGCUUAAUAAAGGAUACCUUUUAACAAUUAAUUCUACUUGGAGCAUUAAGCUUUUUAAGAUUUCAGAAUUUAAUAGAACAGUUUGAAGGUGUCAAGAGAAUUGAAUUGUUUUAGUCAUUUAAUUCCUUUUCUUUUAAAACUGCACUAUAGCACGCCCUGCAAUUAUUAAACAAAACAAAACACAAGUACCAAAAUUCAGAUGUAUAAAUACUGAAUGGUGACUGCAAGGAUAUAAAAGAAACCUGCCGUGACAUGCAUGAAUGAAGAACGAUUUCCCUGGCUAUUUACACAAAUAAGAAUUUUUCUGUCUUUUAAGACAGGUCUUUGAAAUGUUAAAUCCCAGUCAUGUUUUUUCUUCUUCUGCUGGCUGGCAGAAGGGGAAUAGACACUGAAAGCGGCCAAGAACAUCAACUUGUAUAGGAGCAUUCCUGUUCUUUUUUUAAAAAAAGAAAUAAAAAAAACCCAGCCAGAUUUGCUUCCUGUAUUAAGGGACGGGAGGAUGGGAACACAGCUGCUCUCACAGUUCAACAUGAAAUGACUUUUAGUGUGCAAGUUUGAUUGAGCACUUGGCCUGCAAACCUACGCGAGCUUACCCAAGACGAAGCAUUGAACUUCAUAGUGCAGUACGUACUUCCUAGUAAAAAACAUAGGAGUGCACACAAACCAAUUCCUCAAAAGAGGUCUACAGUAGAGCUUUUAUGUUAGCAUUCUCUUGGUCUAUAUAAUUAGACCCCAGUUCUCUUGGGAUACUUGUGGAUCUGUUAUGGGUUUGUUUGUUUUUUUUAAAUCAGAGUGCAGGAUAAUUCUCUCCAGUUGCCAAUUCAAGUUGCCUUAGCAACUUUAUUUACUGAUUUAAAACUUUUUGAUAAUUUGUGAAUGUUUAAAAAGCACUAGUCCCAAUAGAGAUGCUUGGGGGAUCCCAGUUAAUGUUUCCUAAGUAAAUAGUUUGGCUACAUUUGCAAUGGCUUUCUACCAGAAUUGCAGUGCUUAAGGCAAGUCAGACACACACACACACACACACACACAGAGAGAGAGAGAGAGAGAGAGAGCUCUAUCAGCGACUCAGUGUGACUGCAUGGAAGCCACAAAAAGGGAAAACAGGGUUGUUUAAUUAUAGUGGUUGCUUUUACAAUUGGUCCACUGUGCAAUCACACACCCCACCCCCAAUUUUCAUACCAGGAUAUUAUGAACCAAUAAAAUAAAAUAAAAAUUCUCAUGGUGGUCACGAUAGGAUUGAGUAGAUACUGCUGGACCUGCACUUUUGGAAGAAUACGCGAGGCAACUCUUGAAAAGUAGAAACCUUUCUAGAAAGGACCACUCAAAGAAACAACAGCUAUACUGGUGAACAACCCUGUUCUGUUUAAGUAUGCUUAUACAAGUCAAUCUCACUUUUGAGUUUAGAUUGAGCAAAUAUUUAUUUCUCCUCGCUGCCACCACCUGUAGCUGCCUUUUAUUCACAUGACUUAAAGUGCUGACGUAUCCCCCUACCCUCUAUCUGGUUUGCUUUAUAUCUAUGGUAUGUUUUAUAUGGUCAGAUACUCAAAUAAUUCACCCAGGACAAACCCCUACUUGUUGCAUAGAGGUGCUUAUAUCAGUGGAGCUUGUAGAGCCUGUGUUGCCAAAGUUUGGCUAAGGAACAAAGAAUAGUUGCUGUGAUAGCAUGCCAAACCAUUAAAUUGCAAGUGUCAACUUGCCAGCAGAUAUUCCGGAGGUACUAUUGUUUCCACCCUCACAACACAGUAGGGUGUGGUGUUCCAAACUAGGUCAACGAAUACCUAGGAAUGUGGAACUGACUGUUUAAUUAGGGCUAUCUUUUCAUUCUUUAGUUCUUAAAUGUUCUGCGGCUCAGCAGUUGUGUUACAUAAUGGAAGCAAAUUCUAACACUGCAUGAUUGUACAGUUGGCAUGCAGUUAAGUAUCUCAGACAGUGAGAGGUACCAAAUAAAGCACAGCUGAGACUUUAACAAAACCAACCUUUGCUUCUUCUUUUUUUAAGUAUCAUAAUCAGCCUACAUGGAAACAUCUUUAUCAUAUAUGAAUACUCAUACGCCCAGAACCAGGAUUCUUUUUUUAAUUGUGGUCAGGAGCUUCACUUCGCAAAAAUCUCAGGAUGGCAAGAAGAAGAAGAAGAAGAAGAGUUUGGAUUUGAUAUCCCACUUUAUCACUACCCGAAGGAGUCUCAAAGCGGCUAACAUUCUCUUUUCCCUUCCUCCCCCACAACAGACACCCUGUGAGGUAGGUGGGGCUGAGAGACUUCAGAGAAGUGUGACUAACCCAAGGUCACCCAGCAGCUGCAUGUGGAGGAGCGGAGACGCGAACCCGGCUCCCCAGAUUACGAGUCUACCACUCUUAACCACUACACCACACUGGCAAGAAAACGAUAGAUUUUUUCCCUGGUUAUUAGACUUGUUUCAUGACCUUCUCUCAUCUUCAAUGGUGUACUUUCCAGCCCUGUGAACGUCCACAUUUCCCAGUACUUAAUUCCUGGAUUAGGUCAUCCUGAACUAUUACAACUUUUGCACCAUCUUCCCAGCUCUAUUUGGUCCACCUACCCAAGAGGCAACGAAGGGAUGUUUGGGCCAUGGGGCAAUCAAAUGGCAGGCAUGUUCUUGGCAGCAGACAUUUCAUCUUCAUGAUACAGUGUGAUGUGCUGAAAAGUGGAGUUUGGUGCUUCUGACCUCUACAGACAUCUCCAUGUCCUUAUCCAAGUGCUUCUCUAGCAAACUUAGUUGUUGACAAUAUAAAUGGACCAGAGAACAGGAAAGGGUAUCAAAAGAGAGAAAACUGGCCUGAAGUGAAAUUGGGGAAAGCUGGGGAUUUGACAGCAUCCCCCCCUCCCCCAGAAUUUCUCCAUUGUCGAAUGUAGAGAUCUCCAUGGUAGCUCAAACCCCCAACCUCUUCUCAGCAGCCUGCAAGAAGCAGUUUUCAACAGCUCAGAGGUCUCAGGACCAGAGCGUGGAUCACACUUCUUGCAGACCUCAUCAUAUUGAGGUGGGGCUAAGAUGAGCAUAACCAGUGAUGAAGUGAAUUUCUUGGUGUAUCGCUAUCUUCAGGAGUCAGGUUUCUCCCAUUCAGCCUUCACAUUUGGAAUAGAGAGUCAUAUUAGCCAAUCCAACAUCAAUGGGACACUAGUGCCACCUGCUGCCCUCAUCUCCAUACUUCAGAAAGGCCUGCAGUAUGUGGAAGCAGAGAUCAGCAUCAAUGAGGAUGGCACAGUGUUUGAUGGCAGGCCUAUAGAGUCGCUAUCGUUGAUAGACGCAGUAAUGCCUGACGUGGUACAGACUCGGCAGCAGGCUUUGCGGGAGAAAUUAGCUCAACAGCAAGCUAGCACGGCACCAGCCACAGCGCCGGCCACCACGGCCACCACAGCUUCUACAGCAACAACAGCUGCUGUCCCGCAGCAGAACACACCAAAGAAUGGAGAAGCCACUGUGAAUGGAGAGGAGAAUGGGGCACAUGCAAUAAAUAAUCAUUCAAAGCCAAUGGAAAUUGAUGGGGAUGUUGAAAUUCCUUCUAACAAAGCAACAGUCCUCCGGGGACAUGAAUCAGAGGUGUUCAUCUGUGCCUGGAAUCCUGUCAGUGAUCUGCUAGCAUCGGGAUCUGGUGACUCUACGGCCAGAAUAUGGAAUCUAAAUGAGAACAAUAAUGGUAGUUCCACUCAACUCGUCUUGAGGCACUGCAUAAGAGAAGGAGGACAUGAUGUUCCCAGCAAUAAGGAUGUAACAUCGUUGGACUGGAAUGCUGAUGGGACGCUGUUGGCUACAGGAUCAUAUGAUGGCUUUGCAAGAAUAUGGACAGAAGAUGGAAAUCUUGCAAGCACCUUAGGUCAACAUAAAGGACCCAUCUUUGCUCUGAAGUGGAACAAAAAGGGAAAUUACAUUUUAAGUGCUGGAGUUGAUAAAACAACAAUAAUUUGGGAUGCUCAUACAGGAGAAGCUAAACAGCAGUUUCCUUUCCACUCAGCCCCUGCUCUGGAUGUAGACUGGCAGAACAACACUACUUUUGCAUCCUGCAGCACGGACAUGUGCAUACAUGUAUGCAGACUAGGCUGUGAUCGCCCAGUCAAAACUUUUCAAGGCCAUACGAAUGAGGUCAAUGCUAUCAAAUGGGAUCCUUCUGGGAUGCUUCUAGCGUCGUGCUCAGAUGAUAUGACAUUAAAGAUUUGGAGUAUGAAGCAAGAUGUGUGUGUACAUGACCUUCAGGCACAUAACAAAGAGAUUUAUACUAUCAAAUGGAGUCCGACGGGACCAGGGACCAACAACCCAAACUCUAAUAUUAUGUUGGCAAGUGCUUCAUUCGACUCUACUGUUCGGUUGUGGGACGUCGAAAGAGGAGUCUGCACUCACAUGUUAACCAAACAUCAAGAGCCUGUCUACAGCGUAGCUUUUAGCCCUGACGGAAAAUACUUGGCCAGUGGUUCCUUUGACAAGUGUGUCCAUAUAUGGAACACUCAGAAUGGAACUCUAGUACAUAGCUACAGAGGCACUGGGGGAAUAUUUGAAGUCUGCUGGAAUGCUAAAGGAGACAAAGUGGGGGCUAGUGCAUCAGACGGAUCGGUUUGUGUUCUAGACCUGCGAAAGUAAAUGUUUUAGAAGAAAAUUCGCAAAUGGACCAGCAUUGAAUGUGUGGGUAGAAGCACUCUUCAAAACUAUUUUAACAUCUCUAGAACUGCAAGAACAGGGGGAAACAAACAGAAACUGGGCGGGGGGGACCCCAGAGUGUACAACAAAGGCAACUCUCCCAGGCAGCAGAAGCCUGCAAAAUGUUUUGUCCAUAACCUUCACCGUGGAGUUAAGACACAAUCACGUAGGGGGAGGGGUUGGGGAUGGUUUCCACCUGGAACCUUCAGCCUUUGGAAGCAAGAGGCCACCACCAGCUAAGACCCCGUAGUGUCUCUGAGAACUCGCUCUGAUGGCUGCAGAAAAGAAGAGGAAAAGCUGUGCCAAAAAUGAUAAUAAUAAUAAUAAUUAAAAAAAAGAAAACCUAUAAAGCAAAAUGCUUUUAUAAACCAAAAUGGGGAGAGAGAAAAAAAAGAAUCCUCCUCCAUGUGGUCCUGUAUUUUUCCCCGCUUCCAGUCUGGACACUACCGUUGCUCUCCCAAAGGACAUUCAAAGACCAGUUUGUACUGAUGACACACAACUUUGUAAUCACAACACUUUCUAUUUUCUAGACUACUUUUAUUUGUUCAAUGGGUUUCCCCCUCCCCCCCCUUUCAGCUGGAAUAUGAUAGCCUUUGAGGAUCACAGGCAUAGUAGGUUUGAACUGAAUUUCUUUUCUUUCUUUAUUGUGCCCAUGUUUUUGUUCGUCUGUUUUGUUUUGCUUUUUUCCGUUGAUGCCCGCAGAAAAUGCAGCCAGGUGGGCAAAAUGAAAAGUUUUAACAGACUUUUUCUCUCCCCUUCUUUCCGCUCCUCCUCCCCCCACCUGCCCCUUCCACUCUUGUCUCUUCUCUCCCAGAUUCUUCUUUCUCUUAAUACUUCCACGCUUCAGAUCUUAGGGUCUCAAGGGCACUUUCAACAAAUUGUGUAAUAAGUGCUUUAUGUAAGAAUGCAAUGCCGGGAACGCUUUUUACAGGAGAAAGAUGACUUUUUAGGAAAAGAAAGAACCCAGUGUAUUUUUGGAAAAAAAGAGAAGUAUUUUUUAUGUUAAAACACAAUUUUAGAAGCUUAAAAUCUCUACCAGAUGUAGACUGGAUUGUGUUACUCAUUCAGAACAAAAAAGAAACCCAAUUUGAAUGGAAUCUGAUACAGAUUUAAAGAUGCAGUAUCCCUUUUAUUUCCUCCUCAUGAAAGGUGAUUUGCUAAAACAAAGAAACAAAAAAGAAACCAGGCAUUGCUUCUCUUGUAAAAUAUAAUCUUCUUCAAGAGAAAAAAAAAUCUUGCAUGUUUUUAAUUUAAUUGACAAGUCUUAGUGAUGUCAAUUAUGUCACAUUGUUUCAGAAGGUUAGAGUUUUAAAAAUAGAUACUUCUUUUCUGACUCAUAUACAGUAUCCAGAUAACUCUCAACAUUUUUUUAAAAAUCCUACAUUUCUUGCAGAAAAUAUUUCCACGUUGAAUAAUGCCCAAUUCUGCCAUUUUAUUCAAAAUGAGUAAUUGUUUUUGUUUUUAAUCUGAGUGAUAAGUCUAGUGUUUCACAGAUGUAGAGAGAACUUUGUUAUUUGCUGACUAUUUCUGUUUACAGAUACUGCUAGGUUAGGGAGAUGUGCAGUGGGUUUACUUUUUUAAACUGCUGCUCAGCUGCCCAAGGUAUUCAAUAGCUGCAAACCAACCCCCGUUUAACUGGCAGAACAUCCCAUUUAACCCAGUGGGACUUGUAUCCAAGUAAUGUAGACAUGCAUAGGAUUGCACUGUAAGAGGUAAUAAGAUCAGACUGGUUUAAGCCAACAAAUAGCUUUUGGAAUUUUGAAAGAGCUAAUCCUCUCUCUGCAAACAUUUCUGACAUAUUACAGAAAUUGCCUCUGGAGACACUUAGCACCCUGAAUUGACCAGCAAGUUCCCAGGGAGAGGGGGAUACUGCAUCUUUAACUUGGUAAACACUGGGUUCCUUAUAUGGGGCAUCAAAAAGCCCAGUAUUUCUAGGGUUCAAUACAUAUUAGUCCCCCAAGACAUAUAUGAGAUUGCAUUUUUAUUUUUUAUUUUAAAAACUAACUUUAGAGCCAAGUGAAGUGCACUUUGUCAAAUGUAAGGGUUGUUUUAUUUUGUGGGGGUGUGUGCGUUCUACUUUGUCCUUGUUUCAUUCUCUUGUUUUCUUUUUUCUUUUUUGCCUUCUAAAAAAUGCGGUUCUUUGUCAAUUGCAGAAUUGUUACUUCAGCCACUCACUGAUUAAGUCUGAAUUCUGGCUUCUGAAGUUUUAUUGUCUGUGUCAGACUUGAAGCCGGGCUUGGUUCUCAUUUCAGCAUUUCCCGGGUUCUGUUGAAUCAACAUCUCCCCUCACCCCGUUUUGUCUGUACACCCACUCCCUUCUUAUAAACACACACACACAUACACAAACCCGCACUCUCUUUCAGCAAAUCACCUUGUGUGUUGUAGUUUGUUUGUUUCAAGGAGAGAAUCAACAGAUCAUAUUCCGUGUCUUGAAUAAAUUGCUAUAUUUUGAUAUUAGAAA